CUCACCUGACGCCCAUUACUCGCCACCUAACCGACGCCGAACACCAUCACCGAGUCAUCAUGGUCAGCCUCGCACGGACGAUCCGGCAUGCGCGCAAGGUCGGGCUGAAGGAGUGGUUCUACCAGCUCGGCACAAUCGGUGACGCCAAGGCCGGAACUAUGGUCGGCAAGGACCAGUUCGGGAACCGGUACUUCCAGGAGUACGACGCGAACGAGGAGCUGCCCGGCCGUCAGCGCUGGGUGCUGUACGAGCAGUACGACUUCAACGCGUCGCAGGUCCCGCGCGAGUGGGCUUCGUGGCUCAACCACAUCCGCAUGGAGCCGCCCACUGAGGACCCCGUUGUUAAGAAGAGCGAGCAGCCGUGGCAAGUGCCUUACUUUGAGAACCUUACCGGCACGCGUGGCAAGUUCACCACGUACUCGACCGUCAAGCCCAAGGUUGAGGCAUGGGAGCCCAAGAUCAAGCCCCGCUCAUAGGUCAAUCUCAUAAGGAGUAUGCAUAAGU